CGUCAAGUUUUUGUGGAAAUUGACGGAUGUUGCCCAGGUAGGUAGUAUAAUCGGGAGUUCCGAGUCGAGUCGGGCAUGAAGUUCACUAGUUGGACAGAACCUUCAACCUCACAAAUCACAAUCACGAUUCACGAGUACUCCAAUUGAUGGAACUCAUGGAAGGAAGACGGUUUAGACGGCAACCAAGAACUCGAACUCAAACCCUUUUACCACUCCGAUCUACUCGUCUCUCCAAUACAAUUUCUUGCUGGUAUUGCGAUUAUAAGAUUUCUCGCUUCAAUGAAUCUAUUUACCAAUUUGGGCAAAAACAUGCAAGUAGGAGCUUUGAAAUUCCUUUUAUUGAUGGUCUUUCAUGGGAUAUUGGAACUACAGGUAUUUGAGAGUUUGGUUUGCUGUGGGAGUUGGUUUUAGCCUAAGCUUGUUGUUUGGUGUCACCACGAUUCUUAUUUGGGAAUUGGUAGCUACUUUAUGUCUUACCGAUGGAAGUGACAAGAUCAGUGAUAUUUUCAGCUCUUUGAUUCUUGGCAUAAACCCUUCUGGUUUUGGCUUGAUGAUGCCAUUAACUGAUGUUGUAUGCUUGUUAGUUUCUACUGUGAUAUCUGUAGCAGUGCAUGAAUUUGGACAUGCUGCUGCUGCUGCUAGUGAAGGUAUACAGAUGGAAUAUAUUGCUAUUUUUCUUGCUGUUCUUUUCCCAGGGGCGUUGGUUGCACUUAAUUAUGAUUUAUUGCAAGCUAAACCUCGUUCGACUGCCCUUCGUAUAUAUUGUGCUGGUGUCUGGCACAAUGCUGUGGUUUGUGCAGCUUGUGGAUUGGCGUUGUUGCUAUUACCUUUAAUCCUUUCUCCUUUCUACAUACAUGGAAAGGGUCCCAUGGUAAUAGGUAUCUCCGAGAGCUCACCUGUGUCUAGCUACCUGUCUCCUGGUGAUGUCAUUGUAUCAUUGGAUGGAAUUAAAAUUCACAAUACACAAGAUUGGAUAGAAAUGGCAAUUUCUGUUGAAAAACAAAUGUUGUUGAGUUCAGAUCCUACCAUCAAUAAGAGGACUUAUUGUGUGCCAAGCUCUUUGUUGGAGAAAAGUGAAACUGCACUUUUGACAAAUAACCAAUCUGCUUGUCCUGAUGAGCACUAUGCUUUUGUAUCUGUCCCGUGCUUUGGUUCAAGUUACUCUUCUGGAAAAGAUGCACAUGAUUUUCAGAGAAUUAAUAACAACAGAUAUUGUCUCGGUUCUGGUGAUAUCGCCAGACUCAAGAGCUGUGGAAGGUUGUGGACAACCAGUGAUAAUAGCUGUAUAUGUUCAGAGGGUGAGUUGUGCUUGGCACCAGUUCAAAUGCCUGGCAUUGUGUGGGUUGAGGUCAUGUAUAAAAGUCCCUACUCUCAUCAAUGCAAAGAUCUUGAAAAAAACCCGAGUGCUAAGAGUGCUGAUUUUGGGGAUCCUUGUUACAAGACCUUCCUGUUUGUUGGUGAUAUGAUUUCAAUGGCACGUUCUGUGCGGAUGACAUCAUUUCAGCCACGGUUUGCUUCCCUUUUUGGUGCAUAUCUACCAGAUGCGGUUGAGAAGAUAUUUGCGUGCACCUUCCAAGUGUCUGUAGCUUUGGCCAUCCUCAACAGCCUUCCGGUCUACUGUCUCGAUGGUGAAUCUAUCUUGGAGGCAAGCUUGUAUUAUAUAACUGGUUUGACUCCUGGGAGAAGGAAAUUAUUGCUUCAAGCUUUUCUUUUUGGGGGUUCCAUCAUUUCUUGCCUUGUAUUUUUGCGAAUCUUUCUCAUCAAAUUUUGUGAACUCUCUAUGUACUGAUUACAGAUUAUCUAUGCUGAGAAUCUGAAGCGGUUAGCUGAACUAUGGUAACCAAGAAGUGAGAAGAAAUGAGAAGUCAAGGGAUUUACAAAAUUAGGGUGAUAUUGCUUAUUAUACGGUGGAGUAUUGAUCAAUAUAGUUCCUUUUUACUUGAAUAUCUAACUUUCUAGGAUAGCUUUCAUUGUGACUGAUUAUGCAUUGAUUGAUGGUUUCAAGCUCGGGUAAAAAGGGUUGCAGUAGCCAGUGGCCCAGUUGGUUAGUAAAAUCAGCAUAAAUACGUCAUCAUAUCAUAUGUCAUGAGCCGAAUUCAAAUUAACUUUUGGUCCAUAUAGCCAGCCGAUCCCAUUUCGUGGGGAUUGGAGGAUUUGGCAUUGGUGUAUCAGCCUUGCUGGACUGAGAGAGUGAUGAAAUGCCAUCUCAAGUUUUCAUUGUAAUGACGAGUGGUCAAGGGGAUGUUUUGAAGGUGUGAGUUGGCUACAAUCUUUUUAUAAUGCAUUCCAUGUAACAUAAAUAGUUCUACUAUCAAACUUCUAACUCUCUAAUAUGUAAAUUGCGUACAAUGCAAAAAUUUAGUUCUCUAUUGUUUUCUUUCUAUGAGCAGGAUAUAUUGGGUAUAAUAAUGAUAA